CCUCUCACCGCCAGAGUCGUUGGCGAUGUCCAUUUAAUGUGCCAUCUGAAUCCAACAGUGAGUCCUCACAGUCAACUACUAUCUUGAAUUUCAGGAUUUCCCCUGUCUUGGAUAGCUGAGCUUCGUGGUGGCCGUUGAUGUCUACCGACACUUUUCACCAUGGCCGACACUCCUAAUUCUCAACAAGACGCCCAGGCCUCUCGCGUGAUAUCUGGUCAUCUGCCUUCGGGUUAUACUGCAGAAUUCGUUCCCGUAUCAAGUUCUGGAGAUGCUGGAACCGAUUCAAACGAUGCAGAAGGCGAAUCCUCCCUCCAGCUUCAGGGUGGUGACAUUCACCGAGACCUCUUCAAGAUACAUCACCGAGGCAAACUCCAACAACGAGCUGCAACAUUUUCACAUCCACGUGCCGACUCUACCAAUGAUGAAGAUGAACAGCCUACGGUGGCAGGCCACCUCGCGCCUGGAGGCUUCCGACGCGAGUUUGUGAAGCAAAAAUAUGGCCGCUUCAACCCCGCUGUCAUGCCUGUCACACGAAACUUUGUCGAAUUUCUCGCGUUGUACGGCAGUUUCGCUGGAGAGGAUCUCGAAGAUACUGACGACGACGAGGCCCUGGAGGACGAAGAACAAGCUCCUACAGAAACUCGACCACUGCUGGGUCGACGGCGGACCACGACCCGAGCACAACGAGGCGAUGCCGGCACAACCAAGACCUUCUUCACCUUACUCAAGGCUUUCAUCGGCACCGGCAUCAUGUUCUUGCCCAAAGCAUUUAACAACGGCGGCAUUCUGUUUUCAUCCAUCACCUUGAUUACGGUUUCUCUCGUCACUACCUUGGCUUUCCACCUGCUGCUGCAGUGUCGACAAGAACACAAGAAGACCGGUUACGGAGAGCUUGGAGAGACUAUUGGCGGUCCAAAGUUAAGAGCUAUCAUUCUUGGGUCCGUCACGAUCUCACAGCUGGGAUUUGUCUGCGCUGGCACGGUCUUUGUUGCGGAAAAUCUACACUCCUUCCUACAAGCUGUCACCAAAGGGUCUCAACCGUUGUCCACGAACGUACUCAUCGCCCUACAGCUAUUGGCCCUGAUACCAUUAUCCUACAUCCGCAAUAUUUCCAAGUUGGGACCCGCUGCUCUGCUGGCGGACGUCUUUAUCCUCUUGGGUCUAGCUUACAUCUACUUUUACGAUAUUAGCACGCUCGCCAAUGAGGGCAUCCAUCCGACAGUCCAACUCUUCAAUCCCGAUUACUACACGAUGACUAUUGGUUCUGCCAUCUUCACGUUUGAGGGCAUAGGACUUAUCCUCCCCAUCCAAUCUUCCAUGAAGGAACCUGAUAAAUUCGAACCGUUGCUAUGGGUCAUUAUGCUCAUCAACACCAUCAUUUUCACCUCGAUAGGAGCUCUUUGCUAUGCCACCUUCGGCUCGGCCACGCAGAUCGAGGUCAUUUCGAAUUUUCCGCAAAACAACAAGCUCGUCAACGCCGUGCAGUUUCUGUACGCCAUGGCGGUCAUGGCCGGAACUCCGGUCCAAUUGUUCCCGGCCCUGCGCAUCCUGGAGGGCAAGGUAUUUGGUCGUCGUUCCGGCAAGAGAGAUGCCUCGACAAAAUGGAAGAAGAAUGGAUUCCGGACGGCGCUCGUCAUUGUCUGUGUCUUGAUUGCAAUCCUGGGCUCCAACAACCUGGACAGAUUUGUCGCCCUCAUCGGCUCGUUCGCUUGCGUUCCCCUCGUGUACAUAUAUCCGCCACUACUGCAUUACAAGGGCGUCGCUCGGACGUCGUGGACCAAGAUUGGCGACAUUGUAUUGAUGGCUCUGGGAUUGGCAUGCAUGGUUUAUACCACCAUCAUCACUGUCGUCAACAGUUUUUUGAAGUCGUGAAACACUGUUAGCAGCCACGUAUGAGUUUGAGGGCUUCAUGUUCGACCUCUUGCAAAUUGUUUCGGAAAGGAAUGUCGAGGCUGGCACAUCCCAGCUCGAUGAGCUCAUUAUAUUAUCAUUACCGCGGUGUACGUACUGGAUCUAUAAGCAUGAUAGGUGACCAAUCUAGGAACACUCGUAACAAUAAAAACGCAAGGGAGCUUUCAGAUGUGUCUGCUGUUCAGAGGCGCGGUUUCAGUAGCCAACACAGUAAAACAGAAGAAUUCGAACGCCCUGCAGAGUAAAUUACCACCGGUCACUCUUGUGUUUCAAUCAGCUACAACAACCCCUGCGUGGACCGCGGUAUUUUCCGUGAUGGCGUUCACUACUAUUCUUGAUGUUGUAUUGCUCGCGUUGCUUCCUGGUAUGAUGGCUGACUUUUCUUUCAAGAAGACCCUUUCCCCCGUGAUGAUGG